AUGUUUAGAGCUGUUUCGACGCCAUUGGCUCAAAAAUUCAUCACUGGUGCAGUUGCUACCACUGGAUUGGGUGCUUCUUACUUGUUGUACCAAGACUCAAUCACUGCAAAUGCCAUGACAGCUGCAGAACAUGGAUUACAUCCACCAGCUUAUGGAUGGUCUCACAACGGUAUGUUUGAAACCUUCGACCACGCCUCUAUUAGAAGAGGUUUCCAGGUUUACCGUGAUGUCUGUGCCGCUUGUCAUUCAUUGGACAGAAUUGCUUGGAGAAACUUGGUUGGUGUUUCUCACACUGCUAGUGAAGCCAAGGCUUUCUGUGAAGAAUUGGAGUACGAUGAUGAACCAGAUGAUGAAGGUGCCCCAAGAAAGAGACCAGGUAAGUUGGCCGAUUACUUGCCAAGCCCUUAUGAAAAUGAACAAGCUGCCAGAGCCGCCAACCAAGGUGCUCUUCCACCAGAUUUAUCACUUAUUGUUAAGGCUAGACACGGUGCAUGUGACUACAUUUUCUCAUUGUUGACCGGUUAUCCAGACGAACCACCAGCCGGUGUUGUUUUACCUCCUGGAUCAAACUAUAAUCCAUACUUCCCAGGUGGAUCUAUUGCUAUGGGUAGAGUUCUUUUCGACGAAUUGGUAGAAUAUGAAGAUGGUACCCCUGCCACCACCUCUCAAAUGGCUAAGGAUGUCACUACUUUCUUAAACUGGGCUGCUGAACCUGAACAUGACGACAGAAAGAAGUGGGGUUUGAAGGCCUUAAUUGUUACUUCUUCCUUGUACUUGGUCGCUAUUUGGGUCAAGAGGUUCAAGUGGCAACCAAUCAAGAAUAGAAAGAUUAGAUUCGACCCACCAAAGAAAUAA